AAAGUUCCUUGGUGAGAGAGCUGGCCAGAAGCACCUGUUUGCAGGGGUAAGAGUGCAGGAUGAAGGCUGCAGAGAGUGAGAUCCCCGAUGCUCACUUCUCUGUAGAUAAACAGAACAUCUCCCUCUGGCCCCGAGAGCCUCCUCCCAAGAUGGAUUCGUCUCCAGUUCUGAGGAAACUUUGCACAGUUCGUGCUGCCUUCAUCAUCCUGACACUGGUCCUUCUCACCUCUGUCGUGCUGCAGGCUGUUCUCUAUCCCUGGUUUAUGGGCACACUAUCAGAUGUAAAGACCAAUGCCCAGUUACUGAAAGGUCGUGUGGACAACAUCAGCACCCUGAGUUCUGAAAUUAAGAGGAAUAGAGUUGGCGUGAAGGCAACUGGCAUUCAGGUCCAGAUGGUGAAUGCUAGCCUGGAUCAUGUGCGUUCUCAGAUCCGGAGGCUGGAAACUGGUGUGAGGGCAGCCAAUACACAGAUCCAGAUGUUAACAACAAGUUGGGAGGAAGUCGACAGUUUAAAUGCCCAGAUCCCAGAAUUAAAAAGAGAUUUGGAUAAAGCCAGCACAUUAAAUGUAAAGGUUCGAGGACUCCAGAGCAGUUUGGAGAACAUCAGCAAGUUACUCAAAAAGCAAACCAGCACCCAGAGAAAUAGGAACACCAGUGUUCACCUCUCACCCUGUUCUCCAGAUGACAUUCUACAGAUGGUUUCUCAAGGCUGGAAGUACUUCAAAGAGAACUUCUAUUACUUUUCUCAUGUCCCAAAGACCUGGUACAGCGCCCAGCAGUUCUGCAAGUCCAGGAAUUCAGACCUGACCUCAGUGACCUCAGACAGUGAGCAGGAGUUUCUGUACAAGACAGCAGGCGGGAUUUUCUUCUGGAUUGGCCUGACCAAAGCAGGGAGUGAAGGGGAAUGGUACUGGGUGGAUAACACUCCAUUCAACAAGGUCCAGAGUAUGAAGUUCUGGAGUCCAGGUGAGCCCAACAAUCUUGGGAACAAUGAACACUGUGUCAAUUUAAAGAUGUCCUCACUUCAGUCAUGGAAUGAUGCCUCCUGUGACCAUCAGCUCCUUUUCAUCUGUAAACGUCACUAUAUUCCAUCUGAACAAUGACAGACUGGCCCCCACGCUGGCACUUUGAGCCUCAGUGCUUUUCCAGACUCAAGGAAGUGCCAUUCAUCCUCCACACUCCAAGGUGACUUUGCACCUUAACUUUCCUUGCUUCAAAAGUGUCCCAUAUGCACCUGGAGUCCAUCUGCCUUGGCUGGAAGUUUUCAACUCCAUAGAAGCAGGUGGACUGGAAAGAUAUUGAGUUGAAAUGGGAAGGGUUGGUGGAGAAGAUUUAGAAAUUCAAACUGCCUUAUUGGAUGGAUCGGGACCUUUAAUUCGGGGCAUACCCUGGGG